GGUACAUCCGCGGCGCCGGGCCGCGCGCGCUCCGAGCUCGCGCUGCUGGCCUGCGUGCGCGUGCUGCGGCACACCGUCGGCCACCACCACUGUCGCGCCGUCAUACUGAAGGUACAUCCGCGGCGGCGGGCCGCGCGCGCUCCGAGCUCGCGCUGCUGACCUGCGUGCGCGUGCUGCGGCACACCGUCGGCCACCACCACUGUCGCGCCGUCAUACUGAAGAGCUCGUCGCUGCCGUCCCUCAACAAGAUGCGGUUCCGGGCCGGCAGCGGCGCUGUCGCGCGGCAGUGGGGCGCGCUGUGCUGCGCGCUGGCGCGGCACGCGGAGGGCGCGGCGGGCGUGCUGGCGCUGCGGCCGCGCGCCGCGCCGCUGGCCGCCGUGGCGCACGCGGCCUGCCACGUCUCCCUGCGACACAAGUUUCUUAACGACUCGGAACUCCUGGAGAUGCUGACAGGCAGCCUGCUCACGGGGGACAUCGCUGACAUCGUGUCGGCAGCCCGUGCUGUGUGGGCAUUGGCUGCUAAUAACCAUAAGGCGAAACUUCUCCUAAGGAGCGCGCGAGUGCCGCUAGCAGUGCAUUCGGCGCAGCAGCGCUUGCAAAGAAGUACGGACCCCGCGGCGGCGCGGGCGCUGCAACUCAUCGCGUAUACGCGUUCCGUGCUGCAGACCACGUGAUCACGUUUACUGCACAGGGCACAGUCGCCGUCGUCGAGGCCGUCGCAGAAUCGAGCCCGACUUCAGCGCGAUCCAGUUCUACUUCACUCUUCAGCUGCUUCCAUUGUGCGAUCCCGAAACAAAUCAAAGGCAUACGCAAACAGAAAAAUGAAGCUAAAUAUAAGGUAAAAUCCACGUCAGACGUUGAGAGUAAAUGCUCCCAUCCCCAUGCCCCGCCGCGGUCGCAGUCUAUUAUAUUAUACGCUUCAUUAUAGACUUAUUAUUUUGUAGGGGGCAUUUUAAAAAGAUGUCCAUUAAUAUUAAAGGUGUAACGCUGCAUAUUCAGCGCGGCCUCGGCCAUGGACCGGUCAUUCUGCCGGGCGCGUGGCGCGGGUCAACGAAUCUCCUCAACUACGAACCGCCCCAGCAGUACGCACAUACCAAGUUAUUAUAAUGUAUGCCCCGCAGUGACCUAUCGUUAUUUGACCACCGACGCCGGGAAUGAGACGCGCCAGGACCACCAUGACGGCAGCGUUUAUAUGAAUAAUAAUUGUAUCACUUACUCCACCCGAUGCGGUCAAACAGUUCAUGAACCGCAUCCGUCCAUCUGAUUUACGUGGAAAUGAAGGAGUUUUCCACAUAAAAGCAUAUUGCAGUAUGUAAUUUAUGACAAACCAAGGUAAUUUUAAUUUUCCUUAAGGGGUUCUAACUCGCCACAAAACGACAUGGACUCAUCUGAUGGCGAUUGGCGGGAGCAUGUUUAAAACCGUGGGUGCCGCGUGACGAGUGGCAAAAGAUAGGCAAGACUUGGUUUGUUUAAACGAUGCAUGUUGUGUUUCCUACGUAAACAUAUCGCAUCUCAUUGCGAAUUUGUUGAAAGAAGAAGUUGGCAUUAGGGUAUCUUUGCCUUUUUUUGGAUUUGCUUAUGGUAUAAUUUCAUUUUAUAUAAGUAGGUAUUUAUUGCUUGUCAUAAUUAAAUUUAUUUUAAAGUACAUACAUAUGGUGUUACUUUAACGCCCUAGUGCUGUAACUACCACUAUACAUUCGUAUGUAGAAAAUUUAAAGGGCCAUUAAAACGUUGUACAAUACACGUCCGAAAAGGAAAAACUCCCUUCGGUCGUGUUUUAAUUUAUCGCCACUCGUUUUUCGUUCUUUGAAUUUCCUACUUUUCGCACUUGUAUCGUAAUGUACUAAGUCUAUAAAGAACAUAAUAUCAUAAUACGAAAAUAUUUAGGUGCAAAAAAUAUUUAUUGUUAAAAAAAGCAAGUUAAACAUGCUACAUGCUCAAACUCCAAUAAUAAAUGAAACCUCUGGAGCUGCAGGCGUUUAUAGGCUUAAAAUUAUGACGUAUUAAAAAAAAAACUACUUACUAGAUCUCGUUCAAACCAAUUUUCGGUGGAAGUUUGCAUGGGAAUGUAUAUCAUAUAUUUUUUUUAGAUUUUUCAUUCUGUUAUUUUAGAAGUAACGGGGGGGGGGGGGGACACACUUUUUACCACUUUGGAAGUGUCUCUCGCGCAAACUAUUCAGUUUAGAAAAAUAUGAUAUUAGAAACCUCAAUAUCAUUUUUAAAGACCUAUCCAUAGAUAGCCCACACGUAUGGGUUUGAUGAAAAAAGAUUUUUUGAGUGUCAGUUCUAAGUAUGGGGAACCCCCAAAAUUUAUUGUUUUUUUUCUAUUUUUGUGUAAACAUCAUAAUGCGGUUCAUAGAAUACAUCUACUUACCAAGUUUGAACAGUAUAGCAUUUAUAGUUUCGGAAAAAAGUGGCUGUGACAGAAUCGGACAGACAGACGGACAUGACGAAUCUAUAAGGGUUCCGUUUUUUGCCAUUUGGCUACGGAACCCUAAAAAAUGGUUUUUGCGCCAAUUCAUGGGAUUAAAUUGGUGAGCGGAUCCCAAGCUCUCUUAGUGAGCCAUCGCAAAAAGUCAACGUUAAGAUAAUGUGCGCGGCUUCUGUUUUGGAGAUAGUAGGUUCGUUGUUUUCCUACAAGCAACUGAUAAAUACCAAAUUAUAUUUGUACAUAGUACAUACCUAUACAUAAGUUACGAUAAACACUUUGUUACGAGCCAGAAUUUGAAUCCUUUUAUGCUUUUUGCAAAUAAUAUUAUUUAUGUGUUGUAGUCAAACCCUUAAACUUAGGUUUGCUUAGUCGCAGACCGAAACUGACUAGUAAAUCUACCAAAGUACUAUAGGUACAGUUGAGUUCAUCAAUAUGUAUACAUUUCUUAAUAAGAUGAAAUAAUGUUUUAUGAACUCGACUGUACGCCACCACUUAACUACCAUGAACCACAGCAGUAUUACCAACUUGGACAAUAAACUAGUAUCCCUUUGUAGUAGUCUUUUAGUUAUUUCCUUGUGUUCUUCUUCUUCAGAGCGGAAAAGCGUAGAGAUACAAUAUUUGUAAGUUCCAUAUUCUUGCUAAGUACGCAAAAUGCCUACACCAUUUGUUUACCUUAUCCAACCAUUUAAAAUACACAUUCCACGAUAAACGCAUUUGCUGCUGGACAUUCCCAGCCAGCACCAAAAUAUUAUCAAAUUCGACGUGUAGGCAGACGUCGAUAAGUCGUUUUUAAAGCGGCAAAAAACGAGUUAAUCUGUUACGGUGAAACCGAACGAAAUUCUUAGUAUAUUACUCACAUUACAAGGAUGUGGUUGAACAGAUUGUGAAGAUCAAAGAUUGGUUAUUCAUUUAUAACAGGAUUCGAUUGACGUUGCGACGCUAGGAUAGUAAGUAAAUAGACAAUUAUGUCAAAAUGUUACGGGUAAAUUACCAUAUUACGUAACUUACAUAAGAGUGUGAUAAUUUGUUUUUGGGCAGUUUUAUUCGGUUGUUGGAAUGGCUAACAGUUUCGUGGUCGGUUGAUUAAUAUUUUUUCUGAAGAUUUAGAUUAUCAUUCCCGAUUAUUUUCUAGUAAUCCAGACAUCCUGCGAAACAUCAAUAAUAACCCAUAAAUGGUAACCCUAUAGGAAAUUGCUAAUGAUUCAACCUUGAAACUGAAACCCCUAGUUGAAAGGUAUAGUGUUACUUAUGUUUUACUGCUGAAUAACAAGGCACAGUGUGGUUUUGGUCACUUUACGAGUGCCAGUGUAGACGAGGGAAUAAACAUUUUGCGCAUGUAGUUUACAGCGAAAAACAAUUAAAAUAAUCACAACCGUUACCGGAAAUACUGUAAACAGUAACGGCAUGACGUUGUUACAAUGAUGGCUCACUGUAGAAUUAAUGUAGAUUUUUUUGCGUCAUCUAAAUUAAAUACUGGUAAAAGUCCUCAGUCCUUGUCUUUUGCACUUCUGUCAAUGAAUAAUAUACCUACCUAAGUAAGUGCCUACAUUUUUACGAAAAAAAAAAACUACGGGAUAUCGUGCGAGCAUUGAGCGUGACUAUUGCGAAGAAAAAUCUUACCGUGUUUCUACCUACUUACCUAGGUUCCGUUUUUGAUUCCUUUCUAGAUUUUUUAUCGCUUGUUCUUUCCCUCCUCAUUUUCGAUCAUGUUAAUAAAAUUAGUAGAUAGUAAGAUACCUUAGAUACCCCGGAUAUGACGUAGGUUAUUGGUUCAGGAAUGAUUCAUACCGGUCAGAGGAACAGAGAUGAGUGUGCGGCAUCACGCAGGCUGGCACAGCCAACCGGAUUGUAAAACUCGUGGCUUGCGCUAAACUCCUACACAAUACAAAUAACUAUUGUAUGAGUAAAUAGCGAGAAGCGCUGGUGCCCUAGCGAAGCGGUAAGAACGUAACGACUUUCAACCCGGAGGUCGCGGGUUCAAAUACUUCAAAUCCCGGCUCGUACCAAUGAGUUUUUCGGAAAUUAUGUACGAAAUAUCAUUUGAUAUUUACCAGUCCCUUUUCGGUGAAGGAAAAUAUCGUGAGGAAGCCGGACUAAUUCCAAUAAGGCCUAGUUUACCCUCUGGGUUGGAAGUUCAGAUGGCAGUCGCUUUUGUAAAAACUAGUGCCUUCGCCAAUCCUUGGGAUUAGUUGUCAAGCGGACCCCAGACUCCCAUGAGCCGUGGCAAAAUGCCGGGACAACGCGAGAAAGAAGAGAAUAUUAUAUGAGUAAAUAAAUAAAUGAAAAGAUUGUUAUCGGGCUAAAUAACAGUGUCUUUUGAAUCAACAGCUUCUCGAUCCGAAAAAAUAAACGUAAAAAGCAACUUGCAGAUUAUUAUGUAUGUUCUUAGAUACAUAUCUAUCUAGUAUACAUAUACUUAAUUUUGUAAGAACUAAGAAGUACCGGAGUAGAUUAUAGAAUUUUUUAUAAUGCUCUUUGAAUAUUUAUAAGAUUCAAAUAAAUUAAAAUAGUACAUUACGAUACAAGUGCGAAAAAUAGGAAAUUCGAAACGAGUGGCGAUAAAUUAAAACACGACCGAAGGGAGUGUUUUAAAUCGACACGAGUUGCGAAUUACCUAUUCGCACAUGUAUCGUACAACGUUUUACAGUACAUAUGGCCCUUUAAAUGUUCGACACAGUAACGUAAUAUGCUACUUCUCGCACUAGUGCUAUAAAGUAGCCCCAUAUGUACUGUAAUAGUAUUUAGCUUUCUCGCACAACGUAUUGGAAUCGCUAUACAGCGGGGAAAUGCUGCCAGCAUCCUCAGCACCAUGCCAAAGGGGCCAAAUUUUUUAGACAUAUUUUAUUAUUAUUUUUAUUUAGUAUUAGUUUUUAGUUUUAAUUUAGUUUUAUUUAAUAGAUAAGUUAGUUUAUUUUUAUUGUACCCGACAUUUAAUUACUUUUUAAUAAAUUUGAUAAUUACUCAAAUAGUAUUUCAUCUAAACAACAACAACAAACUUACAUAACCCAUUACUUUCUGAAUGAAAAGGUCUUUAAACU